GUCAUUUUCCGUUUCAGAGAGGGUUCUAGAAUUUUACUGGUGGUCUUUUGUGACAUUGCCCCCAGGUGGAAUGGUGUGCAGAAGAUAGAGGCAUGUCACCAUCCCAUUUCUCAUUUCAUCGGCUAUGAGCUCCAAGGAAGAUCCAUCGUUCCCUUACUACCAGCAAAGGACACCGUUACCAGCAGUGCCAAGACAUCUAACCAGAGGCUAGCGUCAAGAUUAUGCUAAUUAACUCCAGGUCCCAUAGUCUCCUGUUGCCUGGUGACAAAGUUUCACAGUUGAGGAGAAGGAACUGGCAGGAACGGGGUAUAUCUAGCAGUUUCUUGUGACUUUUCCCUCAAACUGAUCACCAACCAAUCAGAACAACACUCUUCAAACACACACCCUUACUAAAAGAACAUGGCCAAGGGCAGGAAAGGCCCCAAGGGCAAGAAGAUCACCCUCAAUGUGGCCAAGAAUUGUAUCAAAAUCACAUUUGAUGGGAGAAAACGCCUUGACUUGAGCAAGAUGGGAAUUACCAACUUCCCCAAAUGUAUCCUGAGACUGAAUGAUGUGGAUGAGCUCGACCUUAGCCGGAAUCUGAUCAGAAAAAUCCCUGAAUCAAUCUCCAAGUUCCAGAACCUGCGGUGGCUGGACCUGCACAGCAAUUACAUCGACAAGCUUCCUGAGUCCAUCAGCCAGAUGACUACUCUGCUCUACCUCAAUGUCAGCAACAACAGGCUGACCACCAAUGGGCUGCCUGUGGAGCUCAAUCAGCUCAAGAAUACCCGCACCUUGAACCUAGGCUUGAACCAUCUGGACAGUGUGCCCACCACACUGGGGGCUCUGAAGGAGCUCCAUGAGGUGGGGCUACAUGACAACCUGCUGACCAGCAUCCCUAAGAGCAUCUCCAAGCUCCCCAAGCUCAAAAAGCUCAACACAAAGCGAAAUCCCUUUCCCAAGGCAGAGGAGUCAGAUACAUUCAUAGAUACCAUCAGAAGGCUGGACAACUUAUAUCUGGUAGAAGAGAAGGAUCUGUGUUCGAAUUGCCUGAAAAAAUGCCGACAGGCCCGGGACAAGCUGAACAAAAUCAAGACCAUGGCCACAACAGCACCGAGAAAGGCCAUCUUUUCCAAUCUGGUCUCACCUAACUCCAUGGCCAAGGAUUCCCAGGAAGACUGGAGGAUCCGUUCAACAUCUCCCUAGAGUAGCUAAUGGCAAAAACUUGAAGACUAAUCAGCCAACAAGAAUAAACCACUCUGAAGAAGAAAAGCCCUCGGUUAGGAGAAGAAAGAGAGUGGUAAGGGGAACAUUCUGGAAGCCAGGCUCUCUGGUGCUGGCCAAGAUACUGACUUGCUUCUUAAAUUCACUUUGUCUCUCUUUGCUUUAGACCACCUGUGUGUGAAAAUGACUUUGGGAAAUAUUUGGUGAAUGUUUUUUACAUAUAUAGAGGAAAUGUUUAAGAAAAUGAUAGACAUACGUCAUAGAAAAUUAAAGUUUUAUAAGAAGACUUUAAGAUUUAAAAGACUUAUGGUUUUUAUACUCAAACUGGUAAAGUCUCUAUGCCAGUCGCCUGUGUUAGGUUAUGUAUGUAUAAUGCAAUCCCUCAAGCAACUAAAAUUUAUACAAAAGAUUCAUACAAAGAAAUAUACUCAAAAAUACUACAGAUAAAGUGGAAUUUUAAGAAAUCUUUCAGGAAUGCACAGUUAGGCAAAAAGAAAAAAAAAGAAAAGAAAGCAGAGAAAUGAACAACAGGGAAAAGUAUAAACAGGGAAACAAAAAAUAAAAUGGCAGAUAUAUAUCCUAACAUUUCAAUAAUUACAUUAAAUGUAAAUAGUCUUCUUUAUUUGUAAUGGCCCCAAAAUAGAAACAGCCAAAUUUCUCUCAAUGGGCAAAUGAUUAAACAAACUCUGGUAUAUCCAUAUCGUGGAAUACUAUUCAGCAAUAAAAUGGAACAUACUAUUGAUACAUGCAAUAAUUUGGAUGGAUCUCAAUAGCAUUAUUCUGAGUAAAGAAGGCCAAUCUCCAUGAGUCACAUACUCUAUGACUACAUUUUUAGAUCAUUCUCCAAAGCACAAAAUGAUUGUGGUGAAAACCAGAUCAGUGGUUGCCAGGCUUUCACACUGGUGAGAGGUGGUGGAAGGUGGGCAGGACCAUAAAAUGGUAGCACAAGAGAUAUCUCUGUGGUGCUAAAAACAACUGAUUAUGUUAUAGUGGUGGUGGUGGUGGUGGUUAUAGAUUCUACCCAUAGGAUAAAAUGACACAGAACUAUGCACACAUAUUGUACCAAUGUCAAUUUCCUGGUUUUGAAAUUGUACCAUAGUUACAUAAGAUGUAACAACCAUAUGGGGGAAGUUAAGAGAAGGCUAUAUGGGGACUCUAUGUAUUAUUUUUGCAACUUCCUGUGAAUCUAUAGUUAUUUUAAAAUAAAAUUUUUUUAAACAACCUUGCAGCCUAGAUGCAGCAAAAAACAGAUCCUUGUACAUCUUCCAAGUGCUAAUUUAUGAGUAAAUAUGACAAGCUGCAACCGUCCUGAAGAGCUAAGGCAUUUCAGGAGAAAGAGCACAUUAACCUCAGUUUGCCAGACUAAUCUAAAAUCAUCCGUUGUUGAUUUUGUCCUUGAAGAUGCUCUAAGAAUAAAAAGAAAAUGUAUGGCUUCUUUA